AUGGCGACAUCACUCAUAACAUCACUUCCUCUGAUCUUGGUGAUCAUGACUGCGGCUGUUGAUGGUCAGCAGGAUUGGGGAGUGAAUUACAGCCCUUCAUAUGUUUGUGCAUUAAAGGGAUCAACAGUGAAAAUGUCCUGUGCUUUCCCACAGACACAAUGUCAGUGGCGCAAAAACGGGAGAAAUAGAGUUGUUGCUGUUGUUCUGUCAGACCUGCAGGUGGAGACACAGCAGAGUGUGAAAGAGAGAGAUUCAGUCACUCUGAGAUGUAAAAGCAGCUGCUCUCUGCCUCAACAAACAACAUUCAUCUGGUACAGAAACACUCAGAGAUUAACUACAGGAACCGUGGACGUGAAUCAGCUUCAGCUGCAGUCAGUCAGACGUGCUGAUGCAGGAAACUAUAGAUGUGCUGUUUCAGGAUAUGAACAUCUGAUCUCUCCACCUGUUUAUCUUAAAGUAGAAUCUGUUGAUGGUCAGCAGGAUUGGGGAGUGAAUUACAGCCCUUCAUAUGUUUGUGCAUUAAAGGGAUCAACAGUGAAAAUGUCCUGUGCUUUAAAAUAUCCUCGUGAUCAUAAGAUUAAAACAGUCUUCUGGACCAAACCUGCUGUAACUGAUGGAGAUCUACCGCCCCUGUGUUUAGUUCCAGAAAACAGAGGACGAGUUCAGUGUGUCAGAGAAAACGAAGACAAUCACAAUAUCACUUUGACAGAUGUAACAGAAGCUGAUAAACACAUCUACUACUGCAGAUUCAUUACAAACAUUGAUACUGGAAAAUGGACGGGGGUUCCUGGAGCUCAGCUGGACGUCACAGACCUGCAGGUGGAGACACAGCAGAGUGUGAAAGAGAGAGAUUCAGUCACUCUGAGAUGUAAAAGCAGCUGCUCUCUGCCUGAACAAACAACAUUCAUCUGGUACAGAAACACACAGAGAUUAACUACAGGAACCGUGAACGUGAAUCAGCUUCAGCUGCAGUCAGUCAGUCGUGCUGAUGAAGGAAACUAUAGAUGUGCUGUUUCAGGAUAUGAACAUCUGAUCUCUCCACCUGUUUAUCUUAAAGUAGAAUAUCCUCCAAGGAACGUCUCAGUGUCCAUAAAUGGAUCUGGUGAAAUAGUGGAGGGAGAUUCAGUGACUCUGAGCUGCAGCAGUGACUCAAACCCUCCUGCUCUGAACUUCAGCUGGUUUAAGGAGAAUCAAAGCUCAGCUGUUGGAUCUGGACAGAGUUUCAGCAUCUCCAGCUUUAACUCCAGUCACAGUGGACGCUACUAUUGUGAGGCUCAGAAUAAACAUGGAUCUCAGAGAUCAGAGUCUGUUUCAGUCUCUGUUAAAGAGGUUCAGAGAGCUGCUCUGCAAACAGUUACUGGGAUUGUGGUGGGAUGUGGAGGAUUGAUCUUCAUCAUCAUCAUCAUUGUCGUUUUUUUUUCCAGGAAGAAGAGGAGAGACGGUGGAACUGAAGUAGUCAGCCAAAAUCAGGAUCAGGUUGCCAGAUCAGCAGAAACGGCUCUGACCAAUGACGUUCCAGUGUAUUCAGUAGUAUCAGCCAAUCAGAGGGAUGAUCUGUAUUCCAACAUUAAAGCGAAGAAACCCAAACGCUCUGGGAGAGAACAAACAGAAAAAGACUCUGGAGAUGUUGAAGAGGUUCAGUAUGCCAGUGUCCAUCACUUCAAGAACAAAGACAUGAACAAGACUGAAGAGACCAUUGAGAUGCAACAUCCAUCUGAUGCCAACAGAGCUGAGGAUGUGAUCUACAGCUCAGUGAAAUGAAGAACGUGUGGUUGGAGCCGCGUCCUAUUGAUGCUCAUGGGAGACCUGGUUUUGAGUCCAUCCCAGGUCAUGUUCCAGAUCCCUCUCUUCUUGAAUUCACCCAUUUACUCAUCUUUGGGACUGUUCUACUGUUUAGACAUAAAUGGCUUUCAGUUUAAAUUCUGCUCGUUUGUUACGAUCUUGAUUAUCUCAAGCACACUCACUGCCUUCCCUCUACACUCACACACGAACGCCACUCAUUCCUGUAAUAGUCAAAGUCCUUUUAGCUCUCACUUUGUACAGUCAAUGUAGAACAGAUAUUUUCUCUGUUCACCCUGUGUGAGUUUGUGAACAUUGUCAGAAAGUCUUUAUUUUCAUUAUGGCAUCAUGACAAUUUAGC